UAAGGGUAAUAAAAGUAGAAAUAUAAAGACAAAUAAAUAAAAUUAUCUAAAAAAUAAGAAGAAAUGUGCUUAAAACUAAAAUAAAGUAUGAAUAAUGUGGCAAUAUAAAGCAACAUUAAUCAAAAAUUGAAUCCAUAAAAGAAAAGGCUAAUAAAAGUUGAAAUACAAAGACAAAUAAAUAACAUUAUAAAAAAAUAACAAGAAAUGUGCUUAACCCGACUAACUGUAAUAUUAAGGCUAAACCCUGCAAUAAUAUCUAUAAUAUAAAUGAACCAGAUUAACUUUAACAUUAAAAUCAGGAGCUUACGAUGUUUUAAAAAUUAAGAAUAAUUAAUUAACAAUUAAUUCAGAGAUUCCCAUCAACAGAACCAAAAUAACAAAAAAAAAAGUUAAAACAUUAUUUAGCACCAUGUUCCAGCUUUCUAAAAGUAGGACCAAAGUCAGAUUCAGAAGCAGUAAAGCGAGAGCAGAGUGGGCGGGAUUUGGGCUCAGAUCUCGGUCUGAUUGGUGAACCGCUUCACAUGACAGACUCCGCUCAGGACCAAACACUCUCAUCGACUAGCGGAGCCACUUCCUGGUUGGAUCCGCGUUUUGUUACCCUGCAGCCCGCAGAGCUCUCUGGGUCUCACGGCGGAGGAAGCACGGAGGCGGAACGGCAGCAGCGGCCUGGUUCAGGGCUUGGCCUCCCGGAUACACUUUCCUUUAACACCCGAGUUAACACCUCGUCGAAAAAAACAAAAAAACAAAAAACGAAGCGGCGGCGGUGGUGAGAGGGGAGCCGCGGAGAGCCUCUGACCGGAGAGCAGAGAGGUUAGCCGGGAUUGAGCUAGCAGCGGCGGCGGGGCGGACCGGGGUUCUCUCGGUUUGGCGGAUUUGAACUCCCGAGGCUUCAAACUACGAAAAGACUUCAAGAAACUUCAUUCGAGAGAAGCGGGAGAGCGUGAGCAUGUGUUUGGAGCCACGGGCGCUGUAGGAUGAAGAGCCCGGCGCACCGCACCAGGGACAUCGAGCGGCAAGCCGGCUACCUGAAGCCCGAGCACUGCGCCCCCCCUCCGCCCCGCACCGGCUCCGACACCAUGUGGUUCAUCCGCGACAGCUGCGGCAUCGUGUGCGGCAUCAUCACCUGGCUGCUGGUCUUCUACGCCGAGUUCGUGGUGGUGUUCGUCAUGCUGCUGCCCGCCAAGAACGUGGCCUACAGCCUCAUCAACGGGGUGCUGUUCAACGGCCUCGCCUUCCUCGCGCUCGCCUCUCACGCCAAGGCGAUGUGCACGGACCCGGGAGCUGUGCCUAAAGGGAACGCUACCAAAGAAUUCAUCGAGAGUCUGCAGCUCAAACCGGGACAGGUGGUUUAUAAAUGUCCCAAAUGCUGCAGCAUCAAACCCGACAGAGCUCACCACUGCAGUGUGUGCAAACGCUGCAUCAAAAAGAUGGACCACCACUGUCCCUGGGUGAACAACUGCGUUGGAGAGAACAACCAGAAGUACUUUGUGCUCUUCACAAUGUACAUUGCACUAAUAUCCUUCCAUGCGUUACUCAUGGUGGCCUUCCAUUUUGUUUUCUGCUUUGAAGAAGACUGGACGAAGUGCAGCAACUUCUCUCCACCAGCGACCGUCAUCCUCCUCAUCCUCCUCUGCUUUGAGGGCCUCCUCUUCCUGAUCUUCACUGCAGUCAUGUUUGGGACUCAGGUCCACUCCAUCUGCACCGACGAAACGGGUAUCGAACAGCUGAAGAAGGAGGAGAGAAGAUGGGCCAAGAAGUCCAAGUGGAUGAACAUGAAGGUGGUGUUUGGACACCCGUUCUCUGUGGCGUGGUUGAGUCCGUUUGCGAGCCCCGACCACGGCAAGGCAGACGUGUACCAGUACAUCGUGUGAGAGCUGGAGACUCACCUGAUUCCUGCUGCUGUGGACACAAACUGAGUGGAAGAAGGCACUCCUCUUCACCACGUCUCCUCUCCUUCAUGGUUUAUUCAGAUGUCAGGGUGUUCUGUCGUGAGGUAUUAUGUUGUUUCUUUAAUUGGAUUGUUUCCCUCUUGGUGCUGACUGAGAUUAACGAAGCGUCGCUGCACAGCUCGGUUAGAAGCACUGAAGGAGUCCAAACCACAGCGAGAGUUAAAGAUCUCUGCAGUACGUCUGAUCAUUUCCUGCUUCCAGAAACAAUGUGAACCAGAGUCCAGAAUGUUUCCGCUCUCUCCAGGCGCCACGACAGACGCCUGCUUUUGUCUUCCUGUAAAACGCUGUCACCAUCCUUCCUCUUCCUUUGCUGUAUCGCCGUCAUUGCAAUAGUCUUUUUUUUUUUGCUGGAUGCUGCGAAUGAUUUGCCUUAGAACAGUGCAUUAGUGAGCAGUGGCUGUUUUCUAAAGACAUUUCUAUUUAUUUGCCUUAAUGUGACGGUUCAGGUUCAAGCUGGUUAACAGUGUUUCAGUUUAUGUGAUCUUUAUUUGAUGCCAGAUCAGCGGAUUUGUUCAGGUCGUGUUAAAUUUAAAAUAUUUUCAUUAGAUUUUCUCUCAGUGAACUCCACCUUAUCUGGUGCACCAGCAAAGUUAACCCUGUAAGACCCCCCAAAAAUGAGCAAUAAAUAAAUAAAUAAAUAAAUAAAACAAACACACACAAAAAAGAAUUAUGUCAGUAUAUAUAUAUAUAUAUAUAUAUAUAUAUAUAUAUAUAUAUAUACACACACACACACACAAACAUAUAUAUAUAUAUAUAUGUACACACACACACACACAUAUAUAUAUAAAAUAAAAUUUUAUAUAUACACACACACAUACACACACACAUAUAUAUAAUUUUUACAUUAAAAAAUAAAAACUAUAAAUUACAUAUAUGUAUAUAUAUAUAGAUGUACAAAAGAAAUAAAAUAAAUUAUAUAUAUAUAUAGAGAGAGAGAGAGAGGAGAGAGAGAGAUAGAUAGAUAUAUAAACUUAAUUUUUUUGUUAUAAAAAUAAAAAUGUAAUUAUAUAUAUGUAAAUAAAAUAUAUAUAAUAUAUAAAUAUAAAUAUAUAUAUUAAAAAAAUAUGUAUUUUUUUACAUUUUUAUUUUUAAAACAAAGACGCAUAUUUAUGCAUAUAUAUAUAAAAAAUUUAUUUCUUUGUUUUAUUUGCUCAUUUUAUAUAUAUAUAUAGAAUUUUUUUAGUCUUAUUUUUUUGGCUAAUUUAUAUGCACACAUAUAUAUACAUAUGUGUGUGUAUAUAUGUGUGUGUGUGUGUGUGUGUGUGUAUAUAAAUAAUAAUUGUAAAAAGCAGAACUGAUGUAUUUUUGCAACGGUGGGUUUUCCAGGGUUAAAAGCGAUUCUCCUAUAGGAGCAGGUAGAGUGGGUUCUCUGGAGAUGGAGAGCAGCAAUAACCUCGCAUUUAAAGUUUGAAUCUGUUAGAUUUCAGUCCUGAUUGAUUUGGUGACUCAGAGCAGCUACUUUCUGGUGUUUUUAUUCACAGUGUUGCUAAACAAAGUCCCCGGAAGUGAGUUCAUAAUCAGAUUUCUUUCUUGUUCCGUGACUCUUUGCAAUAUGUAAAACCGUUCCAGUGUCAGAAAACAUCCAGAAAAGAAUCAUGUCUGGUCAGCGCUGAGCCAAAGGCAACUUUAUGGAUGAACUCUGGUGACAAUCAAGUUGCUUUUUGCAGUUAAACCCCCUUUUGUCUUUCACCAGAUGUAGGAAAUGUUGCAGCAGGAGAAACUUUCUAGGGAUCUGAUACAGAAUGAUAUCAGGAGAGUGAAGCAGAAAAUGCACUGAAUUACUCUCUUGAUAAACAAUUCUAUAUACGCUCAGUAGCCACUUUGUUAGGCUCAGUCCCUCACAACUCAAGACCAGCUUCACCUCAGUAAUGUUUCUAGUGUUCUGUCAGCUCUACUGGCCUAUCACAGAUAUCAUGUGUGCCUUUUUUUUUUCUUUCAAGAGCAGCAAAACCCAAAACGGUUUGCAGCAGAGACAUCAAGCUGAUAAUGGUGCGGAGUUCAGCUGUGUUUUUCCAGUAGGAAAUGUUAACUAGUAUGUGAAAUCUGCUGUUGGAAGGUUAAUAAACAGAAACCCCAUCAUUUUCUAUCUUCAGUAGAACUCAGACACAUAUGUAAACACAUUUGUCAACAUAUUAAUAUCAACAUUUUAUGCACCUUAAAAUGUACAUCAUAUUAAGCAGCGUUUCUAAUGUUCAGCACUGCACAUUUGAGAACAUGAUGAAGACAGAAUAGAAUUUUACUACCACCUCUGACUGUUAAAUGUGCUGUAGAUUUUAUUGCAGCUGGUCUAGUCUGUGUUAGAUUGGACCUAAUAAAGUGGCCACAAAGUGCAGAAAGGACUUAAUAAAUGAUAAUGAUAUUAAAUUGUAUCCAACAUUAGUCCUAAAUGCAUGAAAACCUUGAAAAUUAUUUUGUAAACCCUCAAAUCUGUCAUCAAGUUGUGUUUUCACUGAAAGUAGCUGUACAUUUUGUAUAAUAUUUAACAUAGGAAUCCACCAGGCAGUGAAACCAGCUUCAGUUAGAUUUUUUUUUUGGCAAGUCUGUGCGUGUUUGUCUUUGACUUUUUAGCUCGAUAAGCAUCACAGUCACCAGCUCAGACAGAGAGUCAGGGAAUAAAGCAAUACUCGUUGCUCUCUGAAUGCACUGACCCUAAGUGUAAUUCACUUCUCAACUGAUGGAAUUUGUUCGUGGAUAAUCCAGUUUGUCAUAGAUUGUUUUUGUGAGUCUGUCUGGAGGGAAAAAUCCUCACAGGAUGAAAUGAUUCACGUUUAUGUUGCUGGAAAACGUUCACCGAAGCCUAAAAGACUGUAAAUCCAUGUUUUACCUGUUGGAGCAGUAAAAAUCUACCUGAUGGGACGAGGAAGGUGAAGAUUUGACCUUCUGGUGAUGAGAGUUUGAUGCAGUUGGGAAAAAGGCCACUUUGAAGCAUUUAACACUAAAAUGCCUUGUUUGAAAGCCUUAUUGUCGAUAAAAAUGAGCUUCUGGAGGCGAUGAAAGGACUUCAUUAAAUAUAUUUGUUGCCAAAUGGAACGCUGAAUGAAGGGAGCUUAUGAAGUUACUGUUUCAAGGGCAGAGAGAUUUUCUUUGGCUUUUAAAUGUUUUUAAAAAAUCCUUGCCAUUAUGUGGAGAUGGAACAGGUUUACACAUACAGGACACCAGCUUUCCUCUCUUUAUUCUCAGAUGUUCAUUCUGUUCUGUGUGGUCCGGUAUGGAUAAUGUUUGCUGCAAUUACUGUGGACCACAUUAUGUUUUAUUUCUUCUUUUUUUGACUGUGGUAUUUGUUUAAAUGGGAAUGAAAUAAAACUGUAUGAAUAUGACACAAAUUUUGGUUAAGAUUUGUGGAUACUUUAUAGACGGUUAACCUUUUGGAAUGAAAUUAGUGACAAAUGUGUUACUCUUAAAAUCAAAGAUGCAAAUAAAAAUAUAUAAAUAUUUGA